GCGCGGCACUCGGAGGCGCGGCGGGGCCGGCAUGGGAGCCGCGCGCGCCCUCCCCGCGCCCACACCUGUCUGAGCGGCGCUGCGAGCCGCGGCCCGGCGGGCUGCUCGGCGCGGAAGUGGAAUUCAAGAGGCAGAAUAGAGCAGAAUGAUUCUCAAAAUGGUGCCCAGCAUGGCGGGGCCCCCGGGACGCCUCCUCUUCCUGGUCCUCCUCCCGCUCGGUGUGGCGGGGCAGGGGGCUCCCCACGGUGCGUCCUGGAAACCCACCUGGCCCGCCUACCGCCUCCCCGUGGUCUUGCCUCAGUCUACCCACACCCUAGCCAAGCCGGACUACGGGGCCGAAGCCAAGCUGGAGGUGUCGUCCCUGUGCGGACCCGAGUGCCACAAGGGCGCGCCCCUGCCCACGUACGAGGAGGCCCGGCAGUACCUGUCGUACGAGACCCUCUACUCCAACGGCAGCCGCACCGAGACGCGCGUGGGCAUCUACGUGCUGGGCCCGGCGGCGCGGGGCGCGCGGGCGGCGGGGCGGGCCCGGGCCAAGCGGCAGAUCUACGGCCACGACAGCAGGUUCAGCAUCUUCGGCAAGGACUUCCUGCUCAACUACCCGUUCUCCACGUCCGUGAAGCUGUCCACGGGCUGCACCGGCACGCUGGUGGCCGAGCGGCACGUGCUCACCGCGGCGCACUGCAUCCACGACGGCAAGAGCUACGUGAAGGGCACGCAGAAGCUGCGGGUGGGCUUCCUGAGACCCCGGCACCCCAAAGACGGGGCCCGGGGCGCCCCUGCCCACCCCCGCAACGCCACGGCCGCCGGGCCCGAGGCCCUGCGCUUCCAGUGGAUCCGCGUGAAGCGCACGCACGUGCCCAAGGGCUGGAUCCAGGGCAACGCCAACGACCUGGGCAUGGACUACGACUACGCGCUCCUGGAGCUCAAGAAGCCGCACAAGAGGAAGUUCAUGAGGAUCGGGGUGAGCCCCCCGGCCAAGCAGCUGCCCGGGGGCAGGAUCCACUUCUCCGGCUACGACAACGACCGCCCGGGCAACCUGGUGUACCGCUUCUGCGAGGUCGGGGACGAGACGCACGACCUGCUGUACCAGCGCUGCGACGCGCAGCCCGGCGCCAGCGGCUCGGGCGUCUACGUGCGCAUGUGGAGGCGGCCGCAGCGCCGCUGGGAGCGCAAGGUCAUCGGCAUCUUCUCGGGCCACCAGUGGGUGGACAUGAACGGCUCCCCGCAGGACUUCAACGUGGCCGUGAGGAUCACCCCGCUCAAGUAUGCCCAGAUCUGCUACUGGAUCAAAGGAAAUUACCUCGACUGCAGGGAGGGGUGAGGCCGCUCUGCACCCCCCACCCCCACCCCCACCCCCAGGCCCUGCCCGUCUUUAGGUGGGAGAGGCCCCUUCUGCCCUGGGCUCCUGCACACGCGUGUGGUGUGUGUAAGAUUCCAACAUGACCAGCUUUCUCACUAAAAGCUGGUGUGUGUGUGUAUCACAUCCCUCCAGUACACAGUUUUGAAAACAUACUUAGGCAUCGAGAUUUUUUUUUUCUUUCUGAAAAGCACAGGUGUGGGACAAUAGGGAAUAUUUGGCAAUUAAGUUAAUCACGUAUUUUUUGAGGACUUCCAUUUUUAGUUCGUCUGAGCUCGUCUCUAAGGUUUCUAUUAAAUAUGUGGCAUACAGGCAUAUGAAUACGUAUGUUUGUGUUUGUAUGUGUUUUCUUCUGAGAUACCUUGUUUUUUUUUUAAAAAAAAUCACCUGUUAGUCUUCCAGAUGGUAAUAUUCCCACUGCACAUCAUUUUAAGAACUUCCACAAUACUUAGGCAGGGAGUUAUAAUUGUUUAGGCUUGGAGGCAUUUGCAUAAUAGUUCUUAUACAGUAAACAAUAAUUUGUUGGCUGUGUUGAUACUCGUAGUAGAUUGUACCUAAUAGCAAACCAACACCCCAAGCAAGCUACCCUUACUUUUGAAAACAGUUUCUCUUCCAAGACUGUUGUUCUGCUUUGUGGGAAGUCUGCAGAUGACUCUGCCAACUUUCCAGUCACACCAGAGUGGGCAGGAUCCUUUAUGCCAAUUCCUUCACUUAACAUGAUUUCAAUCACCUUUUUAAGACCUAGCUCAUUUUCAAAAGAUGAUCGUUGGGGCCUAAUUAGAACAGACUGUAAUCCUUCCCACCUAACAGUGGGGUCACAAUAAAAAUAAUUAUGCCAUUUUACCCCUGGAGUGCAGCACAUCUGAUGUUUUAUCAUUUGGAUGGAGUAACUUCAAAUGAAUUAAAUUCCAGAGAACAAUGGAUGCAUUGUUCUGCAGAGGUCACUACAAAAUAACCACUUGUUUUAAGCUUGGCACAGUCAUUGAGCCUAAUCACAAUCAUUCUGCAUAGUUUUCCAUGUGCCUUCUGAGAGCUGUAUACUUGUUCCAUCUAGAAACUUCUCUCACUACACUCAUUUUGUAGUAAAAUUACUUGAAAGUUGCUUUAAGCAAAACCAGUGUGGCUUUUUCUUCCUGGUCUUAAAAGGGCCCCUUUCUCUGGAAUGCUCUAGGCUACAUAUAAGCAGAGAAACA